CUUGGCAUGGAUUUAUGUUAAUUUUCUAACUAAAUGGCACAUCUUGAGGUACCGCCAUUUGUAAAAGGAUCUUUUAGGCUAUAUCAUUAGCUCUUUAAGGUUAGUAGAUGGUGUUUUGUGUUACUAUUCUUGAUAAUUUGUUACUCUAAAUGGUAGUGGCGUAUGCUUAAAGCAUUUGCAUGUUGGAAAUGCGAAGCAUGGAUGAGUAUACUUAAUAUGUUGUCUAACUUAAGCACAAGUAUGGAAUGAGGCUUACUGACAUUGGUGCUGGUACCUUGGUUGGCUCAACGAAGGAGAAGUGGGGUUAGAAAUAGGAGUACAAUAAGCAUCAUCUUCAUAUUUUGGUUUGUAUGAGAACUGAUCUAUUGCGUAGUUAAGAUCUCGGCGAGCAUUGAGAAAUCAACACUGAUGUUAAUUCUUGAUAGUAUACUAGUAUUAUCUUGCUUGCCAUAUUUGUGGGGCUUAGAUUGGUGUCCUUUUAGAUUUCCCACCCCCGCCUUUACCGGCCUUCGUCUUCCUUGGAUGUUUCCUAGCAAAACUUUCCAUUCAAUGGGUUGUAAAAUGUGGCAUUUCAGGUCAUUCCAUGUUCCCCAUCUGAUUUAGUUAAUAGUUAUCUGUUUGAACGCUAAUGCUGCCAAUUUGAAUCUGUGUCUUGUUAAUAGUUAUUGCCAAUAUGGUAAUGGUAAUAGCUUGGUUAUUCUUGUUAGCUUGGAAUGUUUGUUUAACUUUCUUGAUUUGACCAUAGUUGUGCUCUUUGAGGCUUGCCGGUGAAUAUUGAGUUCACUAUUUACUUUUGAGUUUGAGGUUGUUUUAACUUUUACCAUUACACAUCAACAUACUUCCCGUGGUACUUCAAUGAAAAUGACAAAAUUAUUGACAUGGACGUUAGAUAAUUUGGACGAUAUUAUAUGUCGGUGGGCCCAUGCCUAUCGCAUUAUUUCUGUGGUGGCAUCAAGCAUUGAGUGGAUAAAAUCCUUUCCUGGUGUCCAAAUUUCCUUCAGUAGAUAGAGCAUGCCACGUGGCAUCAUUUUAUUUGCCUGCUCCCAUACACUCCCCAUCCAGAUAAUAUUUCGGACCAAAUGCAAUUCAGCUGCCACAGGCUUGUGGUGUGCUGGGGACCAGUCAAGACAAGAAAUUAGCCAUGGGUGUGCAAAAAAACUGAAUUGUGAGGGAAGAGGAGCCACUCUUUGCAUCAAUGGCUGCGACUCUCACUUCCAAUUCAUUUCUUCUAACCUCCACACCCAAUUCAAGAGCAACCACCACCCUCAAGAACCCAAGGCUCUCUGUCUUGGCCAAGAGGGCUGGCCCCUUAUCUGCAUUUCGGUUUGGCAAGUCCGGGGGCGAUGGUUCGUCUUCGGAUGAAGGCCAAGCUGAUGAUUCCACCAAUUCCAGCUCUUUCCGGUUUGAUUUCGGCAAAAUUCCGGAUGUGAAAUCUUUGAUCCCUGUUGUGAGUCGGCCUUCUUUAGGCCUGUCAUUUGGGAACCCCAGAACUAAGGACCCUAGAACUGUGUUUGUUGCUGGCGCAACGGGUCAGGCUGGGGUUCGCAUUGCACAGACUCUUUUGCGUGAAGGUUUCAGUGUGAGGGCUGGCGUGCCUGAACUUGGUGCUGCCCAAGAAUUGGCUCGUGUUGCUUCUAAAUACAAGAUCAUAUCAAACGAAGAAUCAAAACGCCUCAACGCGGUUGAAUCCGUCUUCCAAGAUGCCGAGGCCAUUGCCAAAGCCAUCGGAAACGCCAGCAAAGUUGUCGUCACAAUCGGCCCCGCCGAGAACGGUCCAACGGCCGAAGUUACCCCAUUUGACGCCUUACUAGUAAUACAAGCUGCCCAGCUGGCCGGCGUUGGCCAUGUGGCAAUAAUCUACGACAGGAACACAUCGGGUGUAUCAACUUACAAUGUACUAGAUGGCCUCUCUUCAUUCUUUAACAACCUCUUCUCGGGAUCUCAGCCGUUGACUGUAGCUGAAUUUUUGCAAAAAGUCAUCGAAACGGGUGUCAGCUACACGUUUAUAAAAACAAGUUUGACUGAAGAUUUUUCGCCUGAGAGCUCAUACAACGUUGUCGUUUCAGCUGAAGGAAGCGGAGGUGCAAACGACUACAAAGUAGCCAAGGCUCAGAUUGCAAACCUGGUGGCCGAUGUUUUCUUAAACACUUCUGUGGCGGAAAAUAAGGUUGUGGAAGUAUAUACUGAUCCAUCAGCACCCUCCAAGCCUGUGGAUCAGCUUUUCAGUACCAUCCCUGAGGAUGGAAGAAGGAAAGCUUAUGCAGAAUCAAUUGCAAAGGCAAAAGCAGAGGAAGCGGCAAUAACAGCUGCUGAGAGAGCUCGCGAAGCAGCUGAAGCGACGAAGAAACUUGAAGAAGAGGUAAAAAAGCUGACUGAGCAAGAAGCUCGAGCAACUACUUUAGCUGAAGAUGCUCAAGUGAAGGCUGAGGCUGCAGGGGGCACAAUAGACAGCCUCUUCAACAAGGCAAAAGAUAUUGGCUCAGGGCUGUCCUGGGACAAGUUUAGCUCACAACUUGCAGACACAGUUCAAAAGUCUAUAGAGACACCAAAAGUGCAGAUUGCCACUGUCCGAGGACAGGCAAAGGCUCGGACUUUACCUCGGCAGAAAGCGGUUGCCAAGCAAGUUCCAACUCCAAAACUGGCUUCUUUGAAACCGAAGGAGCAGCCAAAGCCUAAGGCCAAGCAAACGGAUGCGAACAAGGAAGUGAGGAAGGUGUUUGGUGGCUUGUUUACGCAAGAAACUGUGUAUGUCGACGAUGACUGAGGCGAAAACUGGCCAUGUACCAGGGUUUAGUAGUAUUUAUAUGUCUUUGUUGUUAUUGAAAUUUGAAAGAUGGUUUUAUAUAUGAGUUCCAGCAAGUAAUACCUGUACUCGUUAAGUCUUUUCUCAACGAAUAAGGAAUUAAUCUCUUUCAUA